AUGUCGUCCGUUGCAGGCAAAGUCUUCAUUAUCACUGGAGGUGCAUCAGGAAUGGGCCUAGCCACAGCAAAAAUGUUGCUCAACCGGGGUGCACGCCUGGGCAUAUGUGAUACAAAGCAAGACGGACUUUCAACCCUCCUCCUUGAUCUCAACGAAGAGCAGCAAACCAGGGUGAUCACCCACACAGUCGACAUCACAAACCGAUCAGCUGUAUCGACAUUCUUGCAAUCCACAAAGAGCACAUUUGGUAAAAUCGACGGCAUUGCGAACUUCGCCGGAACUGCAGGUCACAAGCUAGGCCACCAAGAAAUCUGGGAGAUCGAUGAGAAGGAGUAUGACUUUAUCAUGGACGUCAACGUGAAAGGUCUCUUCAAUUUCCUUAGCGAAGCACUCAAACCUGGUAUGCUGCAGGAGCCAGGGAGCAUUGUUCAUGCAGCGAGUAUGUUCUCUGAGCGGGGAUUCGCUAAGGGCUCGGUGUAUAGUGCCAGCAAGCAUGCUGUGAUUGGUAUGGUUAAGAGUGCUGCCAUUGAGGGUGGUAGACGGGGUAUCCGUGUGAACAGUGUCAUGCCUGGUCCUAUUGAUACUCCUAUGCUUCGUGCGAAUGAGGAGAGUGGUGCUGAGGGUACUGCUCCGGCGGUACCGCUCGGUCGACUUGGAAGUGCAUCUGAGGUUGCAAAUGUCGUUGCUUUUCUUUUGAGUGAUGAGGCUGGAUAUGUUACGGGUGCGACUUGGGGUGUUGAUGGAGGGGCGAAUGCUUGA